GAUUCGUAGGUCCGUGGCGCAAGCACGUGCUCUCGAAUGCGUGUGCGGGGUGCGCGCGCUUUGCUGAGCACACAUCCGCUUUUCUUCACGUUCUUCUGGUCGGGCGGUGGUGUUCAGUGUUCGGUAUCUCACGUUCCAGCAGCAGCAGCAGCAGCAGCAGGUUCGGGUCGGUGUCGGGGUGAGUCGCGCCCGGACAAACCCCUUUGUGUGUGCCCUCGAUGAUGUGCCGAGAGAUGCGCUUUAAACCUACGAGAACUCGUCCCGCUUCUGGUGCCGCCACCGUUGUGGAGUUCGCCGAGGGUCUCUACCGUUCCAGGGUAUUAGGGGCUUAGAUACUUCUACUGCUGUGACUUGAUCGUGACACUAACAACACGCACAUCAGAGUUUGCCUCACCAGCCAAUAAAUUACACCUCGCCCAAAAAUGAAGAAAUUCAUGACAACUAAAGUGUCUGCCGUCGUCCCAACCACACCGUCACCGACGCCAUCGCCGUCAAUGUUUUCCUUCGAUGCGAUGGUGCUCCAGCAGGCAGCAGAUCGCAAUGGAAGUUCCACGUCACCGGGCAUACCGGAACGCAACGAGGACAACGACACGAACGGUGACGAUGAGGACGACACCGGCAGUAUGCCAAGUGUCCGACAGCCACCACCAACACCAACCGCCAUCCUAGCGUCGAAUACGAUCGAGCCGAAAGAUUUGGGCAAACCAGCGAAAGGAUCGGGACGGGUCCUAGCAGCCGACACACCAACGUCAUCUACCACCACCUCGUCCACCGGUGUGGUAAAGAUGUGUGGCUACUUAAAAAAGAAAAGGAAUAAAAUGGGUGGAUGGCGAAAGCUGUUCUUCAUACUCCAGAAUCAACUACUGCUGUCGUACUCGUCGCGCGAUGACUACGAGAAGAAGCUGGCACCGUUUAAGGACAUCAUCAAUCUGGUACCGGGGACGGUCAUUAUCCCAACCACUGGACCGCGUUUCACCAUCGAAACGAACUCCAAGCUUAUGUAUACAUUCCGCUGUGACGAUCAUCGUAGCUGCUCCGAAUGGAUAAUGGCACUGCUAGACAGCUUGACCGUGGCGAACGGAGGCAUCAGUGCGGACCGCAACUUCAGCUUGCAUAAUAGCUUCCAGCGUGCCACGUUACCACUAGCGUCGUUUUCGUUGCCAUCGAACUGUAAACCGUUUGCCGGUAUCAUUAGCCGGCCGUGUGGGCCAGCCCCGCUGGGGGUAAAGAAGCGGGCUCCGCAGCCGCCGAGCCGUCCGGGACCGCCGAAGCCACCGCGCAGCUUCAGCGCGGAAGCUUCCGACCGGUACCGGAUGUGUGGGCCGGACCGAGAAUCCAUGGACAAGGAUGAUCUUAACAAUAAUGUACUGAAGGUGGUACGCCCGAACGGUAGUACCGCACACGAAGACAGGAAGUCGUUGGCUACCGAAAGCCGUUCGAACUUGCUGCGGGAUAGUGAUACCAAAGUGGCCGGUACUGGAGGACCUGAUGAGCCUAGACGGUCGCCGGAGUCUGCCGUCGUCCCGCUGGAAGCAGCGAAAGACACCAAACCAGACCAAUCGACGAGGGGUCGCACGGAACUGCGGGAUCGUCCAGAGCACUGCGUCAAGAGUGCAGCAGUUGACGGAGUGGAUGGAGCAGCCAGCGCGAACGGGACGGGGGAGGAGAGGGCGGAACGGCACGACCGACGACCGAGGCAGCAGAUAUUUCGGCUGCAUCAGGAUGUUGUUUGGAGCAAAUCACACCACCAGUCGAUGGAUGUGUGCCGCAUCAACAGCAUGUUUAACGAGCGUCAACCAUCGCUGACGGCGAGCGUGCAGCCGUCUGUGGGUGAAUGUACUACUACCGCUACGAUCAAAUCUACUGCAAGUUUACCGUCCGCCAGUGGUAGCGUCCCGGAUAGAGCGCCAUCUUGCAAUUUGCACGUGUACGAGGAGGUUGGUGUUUCCGGUGUACUGAUGGAACCCGAACCGAUCUAUGCGGUGGUGGAUGUGCGUGCCAAACGAUCGCGUCGGCUAGCCCGCACCCUGGACACCGGCGCGGACGAGCCGGACGGUCGGGUUAAUGGUGGCCGGAAGGUGUCCGUAUCGUUGCCCCAGAUUUCCGACGGUGUCGAGCUGGUGACGGUGACGGAACGCCGACCGGUGGCGGCACGAAGCUGCAGCAACUACGACGACUACGAGGACGUUAACUAUCUGUUCGAGACGCGCCGAUCGGUGGCCGGCGGUACCGAGACGGACAGUGUCGGGACGAACGGUUCGCACGAUCCACUGCCAACCCAUCAUCGGCAGGAACCGUACGAUGCUGUGGAUGAGCAUAUCUACGAGCCGAUUCAAGUCUCCGACCGGAUACCGUCCGUAACGACCGGUUCCUCCUCAUCGCUGCCCGCGCCAACCGAACAUCACCACAACCACGGACUGUGGCGACAGUUGAAGCGGAUGCAGCUGCAAGGAUCCUGGCGUCGGUUGACGCUCCGAACCGGUACCACACCGGCCCCACCAAAGCCACAAUCCGGGGCCUCAUCGCCACCACCACCUGCCAGCACCCGAUCGGCGACCGUAACGGCGCUCGAGGGAUUAGGCCGCCGGUUUGACAGUCACCGGCGUUCGAUCAAAAAGCGCAUCAAGAACCUGUGCGAACGUAUCGAUCCGAUCCCGUCGGCUACAUCCAGCACCGGUCGCCAGCCGUCACCGAACGAUGUCGCACCGGAACCGGCCACAGCGAUCGCACCGGAACCGUCCACCACCGGCGUACAGUCACGCAAAUCCGUAUCGCUUGACAGUUUCCUGCUGGCGAAGGGCCACCAGGGACGGCCCGUACCGAAGUACUAGAUCAAGUUUUUAUUUUUAAACCCCGGCGGUACCGGAGUAUCGGACACAUUAUUUGCCAGAUAGGUAAGGGUAAGAAUUUUAUGUUAUUUGUAGCAGAGCAAGACACGGUUACACCGGCACGGUGUAACGAAGUGGUAAAUAAAAGCAAGAUUUUGUAAUUGGAUAAUGCGAGGUA